GGGAACUGACUGCUACCAAAUCAGGAAGUGUUAUGGUACCUGUAGAACAACGUGAGUACAGAGUGGAAAGAGCAAACAUUGACUAAUACCUUAUAGCCCAGUGAAAGUCUAUAACAGGCGCGUAUCUGGUGGCAGGUGGCCAGCUACUAAUGCUCAUACCUGUGGCACGUAGUCAACAUGUCUUUGAUCCAGUACGGUCUACGAUCUGCAAGAUGUCUUAGAUAUUCACCCUGUAGAGCAAGUUCCUACUGUGCAAAUAGGAGAUUCAGUCUCUUCUCUGGUUCCUCUACAGCGCCACAAUGGAGCAAAGUAGUUUCAGAUGCAGAGAAAAUUGUGGGUUAUCCGACUUCCUUCAUGAGUCUUCGCUGCCUACUGAGUGAUGAGCUGAGCAAUAUUGCUAUGCAAGUCAGGAAGUUGGUUGGAACCAAACAUCCAUUACUUAACACAGCCAGAGCGUUUGUGUAUGACAGCCGAAACAACCUACAGAUGCGAGGCUUGGUGGUAUUAUUAAUUUCAAAAGCAGCUGGGCCGAGUAAGGCUGAAGAUAACUCCUUCCAGCAUGACAUGAUUAGUGGUAUUUAUGCCAGCCAGAGGAACCUUGCAGAAAUUACUGAGCUGAUUCACACUGCUUUCCUUGUGCACCGAGGUAUUGUAAAUAUCAGAGACCUGAAGUCUUGUGAUGGCCCUCUUAGAGACAUGCAGUUUGGAAACAAAAUGGCUAUUUUAAGUGGAGACUUUCUAUUGGCAAAUGCUUGCUCAGGACUAGCUCAACUGCAGAAUACAAAGGUUGUAGAGCUUGUGUCGAGUUCCAUAGGUGACUUAGUGCAAGGAAUAUAUUAUGAAAAUUCUUACUUACCAGAGAAGAAAACGUUUACUGAUGACAUUGGAAUAUCUAACUGGAUGGAGCAGAUUUACCUCUCUCAUGGGGCACUGCUAGCCAAGAGCUGUCAAGCUGCAAUGGAACUGGCAAAACACGAUUCGGAGAUACAGUCAAUGGCUUUUAAAUAUGGAAAGCAUAUGUCUUUAAGUUACAAACUUAAUGCAGAUAUUCAACCUUUUAUAAAUGGAAAACACAGUGAGUCUUCCAUUAGUCUGAACUCAGCCCCAGUUGUUCUUCAUCAGGAUUUUAUUGGAAGAGAAGCUUGGAUGGAAGAGAUCAAACAGGCUCAACUGAAAGGCAACUUGAUUGACCUAACCAAGUUGCAAGAGGCAAUUAAGGCUGGCAAAGGUGUGACUUCAGCUAUUGACCUGUGCCGUUACCAUGGAGAUAAAGCUCUGGAGACCCUGCGGUGCUUCCCUCCCUCCGAGGCCAGAUCUGCCUUGGAAAACAUUGUUUAUGCUGUGACCAAAUUUUCAUGACACUGAACUGAAUUGAGCGCUGCAGUUUCCUUUUUCCCCCCAUUUAUAAAUCAACUGGAAUAAAAGUGUUGCAGCGCUAAAAGCUGCCAUCCCUGGCACUCCCUGAUGCUUCCUACUAAAUCUCCUCUAACCCACUGACAAUGGGCGUUCAUCCUUUUUUUUUAUAUAAUUACUAAGGACAAAAAUAGAAUCAGGGAAAAAAAGGUCAAACAGUUUUCUUUUGUCAUGCCAGAAGCACACUUGAGGCUGCACCAGCAGAAAUAAUUAAUGAGGUUUGCUUCUGUGACCUCAGCAAAUGGCCAGGAAGUAAGUCCUUAUUGAUUGGACAUAGCCAGGGAUGGCGCCAGUGUGGUGGCCUGUGGUUUUCCUGCUCCUGUGAGGACAGGAGAAGUGUGAUCCUGCAGGUGUCAAUAGGAAAACUCUUCAUUAAACCCGAGACAACCAGUAUACCAUUGCUGACUGUAAGCACAUCAAGGACACUCCUUAUCAUUGUUAAAAUCUGGCAUCUAUUUCAAUUAUUAGGUAAAUGUAUUUUUAUACAGUUGCUACUCAAAGUAAAAAAAUAAUCAGGUGUUUAAGCUUUAUCUGUACAUCAUUAAACAUUACAGUCUUCAUGUUUUAUUCAUUACACAGCUGAAGAAAUGUACUGCAGCACAGAUAACUGAAAAGCAGUGUCUAAAAUAAAUUAUUUUACACAA